AUGCUAUAUAUACGCAGAUUUUUCACACGAAUAUUUCCAUCGGACCCAACGUUUGGUCAAAUUGGUUCCAUCGAUUUGAAUAUUUUUUUAGCUCAAGCUGCUGGUUUACCAUUAUUUGGUAUGAGAAAUGAAUCUCUUGCUAUGAAAAUAUUCUUCUCCUUUUAUGGAAUACCAACGGUGAUAUUGAUAACUAUGUGUUACACACUUUUCGAACUGCAAGAGCUUGUAUUUUCAAAGGACUUGGAAGAUGUCAUUCAGUGUUCUUCUUUAUCAUUAUCACAUGUUGCAGUUGUUAUCAAGAUAUACAAUUUAUUUUAUCGCUUACCAGAUAUACAGAAAGUUAUAAAUAAAUUAAGGGCUUUAACAAAAGAAUACGUGAGGUCUAAUGACCAGAACGGUGAAUUUGAAAAUAAACUUCCACUUACAAUUUAUGCUCUUUUACUCGGGUUCACUGCAAUUUUGGCUAUGAUUAUGUUAUUACGAGAUCCAAAAAGUGUAGCAUAUCGUUAUCCUUAUCGUGUGCAAUUGCCCUCAUUUUUGCCUCAACAAAUACAGAUUCUAUAUAUGGGAUUAAGUGUUUUAGUUAUUGCUCUUCAAGUUGUUGCGACAGAUUAUCUAAGUGUAAUUUUAAUCAAUCAGUUACGUAUACAUUUGAAAAUACUAAUUUUAUCCUUUAAUGAACUCAUAAAUGAGGGACAAAAGGGGUCUGUUGGAAUUCCGACGUUGGAUCAAAAUAUACAUCUGAAGUCAAUAAUAGCACACCACUGUAGUUUAAUUGAAUUACGACAUGAAGUAGAAGACAUUUUUCGCCUUCCAAUAUUGAUCCAGUUUUUAACUUCGUUUGCAAUAUUUGCUUUAAGCGGAUUUCAGGCCACAGUCAGUACAGGAAAUACCAAUAUCACAAUAUUAGCCUAUUUUUAUUGUGGUUGUAUAUUGUGUGAAUUAUUUCUGUACUGUUGGUGUGGCAAUGAUGUUUUUGAACAGAGUAAGGAGGUGUCAACUUCCGGUUAUGGUGUAAGCUGGUAUAAAUAUGAUCAACGUUUUCAAAAAUCACUUAUUAUUUUUCUGGCCAAUGCUCAGAGACCAUUUGUAUUUACUGCAGGUGGAUUUAUGAACCUUUCACUUCCUAGUUUUGCAGGUAUUAUAACGAAAUCGUAUUCGCUCAUCGCACUUCUACGUCAAGUAUAUGGAAGAUGA